CGCUCCGCCCCCCGGCGCCGCCGCUGCCCCGCGGGGAAGUUGCGCUCCGUGCCUCGCUUUCCCGCUCGCUCCCUCGGCGGCGGCUCUUUCCUCCCCCUCCCUCCAAUGCGCCUCCCGCUCAUUUCCUCUUUUCCUCUCCUCUCGCCGCCGCUCCGCAGGCGUGCGGCUCGCCCGGGCUCCGCCGCGGAGUUGUAGCUGCCGGGAGGCCGCCGCGGGACCGCUCCGCAGCCGGGCAAUUGAGCCCUGUGGACUUUUCCUGAAGAGGUUCCAAGAUAGGUGCAGCUGAGCCAGGCUCUGGGCAAGGAUGGGGAAGCAGAACAGCAAGCUGCGCCCUGAAGUGCUGCAGGACCUGCGCGAGAACACCGAGUUCACGGACCAUGAGCUGCAGGAGUGGUACAAGGGCUUCCUAAAAGAUUGCCCAACGGGCCAUUUGACUGUGGAGGAGUUUAAAAAAAUCUACGCCAAUUUUUUCCCUUACGGCGACGCAUCGAAGUUCGCCGAACACGUGUUCCGCACCUUCGACACCAACGGCGACGGGACCAUCGACUUCAGGGAAUUCAUCAUUGCGCUGAGCGUCACCUCACGGGGCAAGCUCGAGCAGAAGCUCAAGUGGGCGUUCAGCAUGUACGACCUGGAUGGCAACGGGUACAUCAGCCGCGGUGAAAUGCUGGAAAUAGUGCAGGCAAUCUACAAAAUGGUUUCAUCAGUAAUGAAAAUGCCAGAAGACGAAUCCACUCCAGAGAAGCGAACAGACAAGAUCUUCAGACAGAUGGACACAAACAAUGACGGCAAGCUGUCCCUGGAGGAGUUCAUCAAAGGUGCCAAGAGCGAUCCCUCCAUCGUGCGGUUGUUACAGUGCGACCCCAGCAGCGCGAGCCAAUUCUGAUCGGAGUGGACAGUUUGCAAGGAGAAUUCAGCUUGUCUUUCAAGCUUUGCUCGCAAAUGGAUGCCUUCUCAAUCAUUCCUCAACAGUUAGUGGAUAAGAUAACAUUGCCAGAUUGUGUGUGUCCGAGUGAAACUGCCCUCGCCCCUCACUAACACCAGUGCAGCUCUCCUUCGGCAGCUCCAUUUCUGCUUUCCUGUAAUGUUUUGAUUCACUCUGCACGCGUUAAGGGUAACUGAAAGGUGUUUACAUGCAGAUACAAGGAGCUGAACCUCCACUGGGGUGUCCCCUUCACUUCAGCUGUGGGGAAGGGGGUGCCCCAUGGGCUCGGGAGGACACUAGGUAGAACUUUGGCCCAACAUAGCAGGUGGCAGGUAACUUAUUGCUUCUGAAGUGACUAUGUGGGGAAAAAAAAAAAACAAAACAUGGACUGAACAGAGUAGAAAGUUCAAAUUAAAUAAAACAAAAACUAACAAAAAAAAAAGUAAAAAAUAAAAUAAAAUUAAAAAAACACACAAAAAAAGCAGCUUUCCUGGGCAUGGUUCCAAUUUUCUUUUUGAGGAAAAUUGCUUGCACUUAUCUAAUGGUCUUUCCUUUCUUUUAAUAUAUAUAUAUAUAAAUUAUAUAUAUAUGGUGAAGUAAAAUUUUAAAUAUUUAGGUCAUCUAUUUAAGGCAUAAAAUAGACUCCAGCUUUGUUUCUUCUAGUUGUCCGUGAUUUAUUCCAAUCUUGGAGAUGAUUGGGUUUUUUGUUUUGGUUUUUGGUUUUUUUUGUUUUUUUUUGUUUUUUUUUGUUGGGUUUUUUUUGUUGUUUUUUUUUUUGGUGGUAUUUAUGCAUUAGCAAAUUGCUGUUCCAAAAGAAAAAUGCAUGAGUAGCAGUUUGUGGGUAUUUCACUCUGUUUAAUUCCCGAAUGCAAAUAUUUGUUCAUUUUUACUGUCGAUCGUUCUGGCGUUACUGUAUUAACGGGAGAUCCGAAAGGAGCAAAUCCUCCUUUUCUAUUUCUCAGUGGAGUCCUACGUUAUGGUGGUCGCUGCGUCCAGUGGCUUUGAGUGACCUGAGGUGACGUGAGUCGCACCGCUGUCCUCCACCUCGCUGCGCCUCUCCCCUUGCUGUCAAUAACGUUAAUAGUCUCGUGCAUUCCAGUGUUAUUUAAUAUCUGCCUAAUGCCAAGAAAUACUCAUUGAAAUAAAAGACUACUUUUCUUGUC